AUGGGUGAAGAUUAUUUUGGAUUCUCUUGGGUUCGCAAUGAGAACAGAAAAAACGUCACCAUAUAUGUUAACAAUCCAGCGGACAUCUCAGUGAUUGUUAUAUAUUUUCUGGUGGUUCUGGCUGUGGGAAUAUGGGCAAUGGUACGGACCAAUCGAGCCACAGUGGGAGGCUUUUUCCUGGCUGGCAGAAGUAUGGUGUGGUGGCCGAUUGGAGCCUCUCUCUUUGCAAGUAACAUCGGAAGUGGGCAUUUUGUGGGAAUAGCAGGAACUGGAGCAGCUGCUGGUAUUGCUAUCGGAGGAUUUGAGUGGAAUGCUCUUGUUGUAGUGAUUAUUCUGGGAUGGCUCUUCGUGCCCAUCUACAUUAAGGCCGGGGUCGUGACCAUGCCAGAGUACCUGAAGAAACGCUUUGGUGGGCAGCGGAUCCGUAUCUACCUCUCCGUGCUCUCCCUGUUUCUCUAUGUUUUCACCAAAAUCUCUGCGGACAUGUUUGCAGGAGCCAUUUUCAUCAACCAGGCUCUGGGACUAAACAUUUACCUGGCCGUGAUUAUUCUGCUGCUCAUUACAGCUCUUUAUACAGUAACGGGUGGUCUAGCUGCGGUCAUCUACACCGACACCCUGCAGACCAUCAUCAUGAUUGUGGGUUCAUUCAUUCUUAUGGGCUUUGCGUUCAGUGAGGUGGGAGGCUAUGAGAACUUCAAAGACCGAUACAUGACUGCGAUCCCGUCAGUGGUAGGUGUGAACAUCAGUGAAGAAUGCUACACUCCUCGCGCAGACUCCUUCCAGAUCUUCAGAGACCCCCUCACUGGCGAUCUGCCCUGGCCUGGACUGGUCUUUGGUCUUACAAUCCAGGCCGCGUGGUACUGGUGCACUGACCAGGUGAUUGUGCAGUGCUGUCUGUCUGCCAAGAACCUGUCUCAUGUGAAAGCGGGCUGCAUCCUGUGUGGUUACCUCAAACUUCUGCCCAUGUUCCUCAUGGUUUUCCCUGGCAUGAUCAGCAGAGUGCUGUACACAGAUGAGAUUGCAUGUGUGGAUCCAAAAGAGUGUGACUACUACUGUGGAACCAGUGUGGGCUGCAGUAAUAUUGCUUAUCCGAAACUAGUGGUGGAUCUGAUGCCAAACGGUCUCAGAGGGUUGAUGUUGUCCGUCAUGCUGGCCUCUCUGAUGAGUUCACUCACUUCCAUCUUUAACAGCGCCAGCACACUCUUCACUAUGGACAUUUACACCAAGAUUCGCCCCAAAGCCAAGGAAAAGGAACUCAUGAUUGCGGGGAGGGUGUUCAUGCUGUUUCUGAUCGGCGUGAGUAUCGCAUGGAUCCCCAUCGUUCAGUCGGCUCAGAGCGGGCAGCUCUUCGACUACAUUCAGUCCAUCACCAGUUAUCUGGCUCCACCCAUCGCUGCUGUCUUCACCCUCGCCAUUUUCUGCAAGCGAGUCAAUGAACCAGGUGCUUUCUACGGGUUGUGUAUUGGUCUGUUGGUGGGUCUGGUGCGUAUGAUAACUGAGUUUGCCUAUGGCACGGGCAGCUGCGUGAGUCCCAGUAACUGUCCUACGAUCAUAUGUGGUGUGCACUACCUCUAUUUCGCCCUCAUCCUCUUCGGCCUGUCCUGUAUACUGAUACUGAGCAUCUCCCUCAUGACUAAACCCAUUGACGACAAACAUCUGUACAGGCUCUGCUGGAGUUUGCGGAACAGCACUGAGGAGAGGAUUGAUCUGGAAGAAGAUGACUGGACUGACGAUCAGGGUUCAGAUUCUGUGCAAACAGAAGAGGUGCGCAAGGAUCCAAGCUGUUGGAAGAAGGCCUACAACUGGUUCUGCGGUUUUGAUCAAGGCGAUGCACCUAAACUGAUUAAAGAACAGGAGGCAGAGUUGAAUAUGAAGCUCACGGACACCACUGAGAAACCUCUAUGGAGAAACUUGGUCAACGCUAACGCUAUUAUCCUCCUCACCAUCUGUGUCUUCUUCCAUGGUUUCUUUGGCUAAAAAUCAUCAGUAUCAUCAGUAUCAACUAACUCUGUUAAGGAUAUUAGAGCUGUAUUCUGUGGACAGAAAUGGUACCUUAUCAGUAACAACAAGCUAAACAUAAUUAUUCUGAUUGUAAGUAGUUACAAAACUUCCUCUUGAAACACUCCAUACUUCCUUAUAAUAUCCUCCACAAAAACGUCCUUACUACUGCCUACUGUUUUUGAUUUGAUGGCAGGAAGUAGAAAAAAAAUAUAUUUUUGACUUUCAUUUUAAACCCAAGACUAAAACUCGUAAUCAUUUCCUUGUUUUUCUUCCUUGUAGUCAUGUCAAAUCUUUCUUAGCUGCUACAGUAUCUAAUUUAACACAUGCCUGACUGUACUGUUUUUACUGUACAUUUGACAAUGUUUACCGCACGUUCUUCCUUUUAUACCUUUAACAAAUUACAGAGUAAUAGUUUCAACUAAUAAUAUGAAGUUGGAGUCAGCUUUGUUGUUUGUUCCCUGUAAAGUCUUCUGAUGCAUUAUGAUCAAAUCAAUGCAAAGCCUUUUUCUGUGCUAUUUUUAACAUGCCUCUCAUCUACCAUUUU